UCUCGUUGGGUUAUCAUGACGGUGCUAUCAGUAACACUCGGAAAUCGGAUAUAUUUUUUUCAACCUUCGACCAGGAAUGAGCUACAGUAACACCGCUCGCUAUUCGUCGGAAUUCUAACAAUUUUUACACUUUUUUAAGAUGAAUAAAAACGUACUUUUAGACAAAACAAUAAUAACGGAACACUUUGGAAAGAUACAUCGGUCAAUUUGAAUGCAGCAUACAUCACGUGACUGUCCUAAGCCCGGAAGUGAAAGACCUGGCGAGAAAAUGCAAACACAGUCGAAAAUGCCAUCGAGACGACGCGUGCUACUUUAAUACUCUACCCGUUAUCAGUUCUUCCUUGUACCUAGCGGGCCAUGCUAACGAUAAGACAUGUUGUUUUCGCCCUGGUCGUAUACGUGGCCUCCGUGUCCUGUUGUGGACAGAAAGCGGAGACUCCCGACUGGCGAUUGACUCUGAAAACUAUCCGCAAUGGCAUUCACAAGAUCGACACGUACCUCAACGCGGCUCUCGACUUGUUCGGCGGCGACGACGGCUUGUGCCGAUACAAGUGUAGUGACGGUUACAAGCCGGUGCCUCGACCCGGGUACAAGCUGCCGCCGCCCAACGGAUGUGGGACGCCGCUCUUUGGAUUCCAGUUUGACGUCGGCAUCCCGUCCAUGACCAAAUGCUGCAACCAGCACGACCGCUGCUACGACACGUGCGCCCGCGACAAACACGACUGCGACGAGGAGUUCCAGGACUGUCUGGAGACCAUCUGCAGGAACGUGCAACGGACCUUGGGAUUGGCCCACAGUGUCCAAGCGUGCGAGUCGGCGGUGACGCUGCUGUUCGACGCCGUGAUGCAUUUGGGGUGCAAGCCGUACAUGGACAGCCAGCGCGAGUCCUGCGUGUGUCAGUACGAAGUGAAGAAGGAGCUGUGAACAAAUGUACGCACGGACUCUUGAUUUCUCAGGGAUAAAAGCUGCCACAGAAUUAUAAAUGCUGACUUUUGACUGAUGUUAUGUAUAUAAUUUGAAAUGCAUUCAGUUAUUUAUGCUUUUUAGUUUUUUUGUCCACUUGUGGGUUUUUGGGUAAAGUGGGGUCUGGCUGUCCUGUGGCACCAUGCUGCCUCUAACAGGUCAGUGUUGGUACUACAACAGAUUAUGUUGGUUAUCUGGAGAGCAGUAAGCACAUCGACUCACGUUUUAAAAAUACUUCAAGAUUUUCAAACGAUCACUGUGUUCUGUACCCACAUGAAAAUGUCAUUAAAAUGAAGAUAAUUUAUUAUUAAUCA